GUCAGUAAAGCUUAUUUACAUUUCAUCUUCUAACUGAAGCACAAAAAUCUGCAAAUUCAUCACAAUUUUACAUUGAAAAGUAUUCACAGAAAUCAGCAAAUUUGUCAUGAAUUUCCAUUGCAAGUCUUUCACAUUUCAGAUCUUUCACAUUGCAAAUCUCUCACAGAAAUUAGCGUAAGUUUGUCAUGAAUUCACAUUGCAAAUCAUAUUACAAAAGCCUACAAAUUCAUCAUGGUCAAGAUUCUAUAAAAUUUUUUAUGAAAACAUUUGAAUAUUUGUAUCUGAAAAAUAAAGUUUUGCACACUUUGUAUUUCAGAUGAGAUUUGAGAGUAUACAGGACCUGUCCAUGCAUGAUACAAGCUUACGAACAGGAACAGCAGUGACCCCCAAGUUAGCCCUUAGCCCUUUGACAGCAAAAUUGAGCGGUGGCAUGAAACCCUUACAGACACUCAGAGAGGAACAUCAACGUGAACAAAAACCACUCCUGGACACUGACGAGGAAGAUGAAGACAGCCCUGUGAAAACCAGACCAAAACAACCUGAUUUUAAUUGUUCAGUUCAAAAUCUUAACGACUCCAAAACCUCUUUAAGUGGAGGAAAUGUUGAGUGUAAUGCUGCAGAAAUUUUGAUAAAGUUCAUGAAAUCUGAUCUCACAGAGGAAGAUGAUGAUGACAAGGAUCUGUUAAACUUCACAUAA